UGCCGGCUGGAGCCAAGACAGAGACAGCUCCAUGUUCAUUAGCAAAUAUUGAUGUUGCAGCGGUUCACAGCGUGAAUAUCAGAACCAGGCUGACGGUCGGGGACAGACGGGACUACCACCAGACUGGACUAUCGCCAGAGAAAGCGACUGACAGGUGCAAGAGCUGGACCCGGAGCACAUCCUGCUUAUUCUGAGCUGGUCCCCAACCAUCCUCCUGAAUGAAUGAGUGGGCGGGCCCCGACAUCAAUGUGGGGGGGCCGUUGCAAAUCCCAUCCGGUGAUGGAUUCUCCCUGUCAGACAGCUCCCACAUAUACGAUAUUCUGGCAGAUCAAGCAAACCCUCUGCUUCAGGAUCCGGAUGUCUUACCCUUCACUGGCUACCCAAGCAUGCAGUACCCGCCCAUGGAGCCGACCGUGUCUACCCCGCCAUAUUACUCCAAUCAGAACUUCUACCCACAGUACAGUGGAGAAGAGUGGUACUCACAUAUGGGGAUGUACGAACUGAGGAAAGGACCCCUGGAGGUUACCUAUGAUGCUGAGAUGGAGGAGGUGUCCACCGUAGUGCCCACGGUGUGCAAGAGGACCAGGCACACGUCCCAAGCUGGACGGGUCAAAGGGGAGGAACUGUGUGUAGUGUGUGGGGACAAGGCCUCAGGAUACCACUAUAACGCUCUCACCUGUGAGGGAUGCAAAGGCUUCUUCAGACGGAGCAUCACAAAGAAUGCCGUGUACAAAUGCAAGAGCGGAGGAAACUGUGAGAUGGACAUGUAUAUGCGCAGGAAAUGCCAGGAGUGCCGACUCAGAAAAUGCAAGGAGAUGGGCAUGCUGGCAGAAUGCCUGCUGACAGAGAUCCAGUGUAAAUCGAAAAGGCUCCGGAAGAACACCAAGGCCUCUCCGGGAGAGUCCACCGGUGAUGAGACAGAUGGCACGGACAAUGGAGACAGCAAACAGGUUACCUCCACAACCAAGCUGUCAAAGGAAAAGGUUGAUCUUACUCAGGAGCAGCAAGCACUCUUGAAUUUUUUAGUAGAAGCAUAUAACAAACACAGAAUUCCUCAGGACAUGGCAAAAAAACUGCUACAAGAACAGUUCAACGCAGAGGAAAACUUUCUCCUGCUGACUGACAUGGCAACGAGUCACGUUCAAGUUCUGGUGGAGUUUACCAAAAAUAUUCCAGGCUUCCUGACUCUGGACCAUGAAGAUCAGAUUGCGCUACUGAAAGGCUCAGCUGUGGAGGCCAUGUUUCUGCGCUCUGCUCAGGUCUUCACAAGAAAGAUGCCCCAUGGACACACCGAAGUAGACGUGUUGGAGGCCAGGAUACGUAACAGUGGUAUAUCGGAGGAAUUCAUUACACCCAUGUUCAACUUCUACAAAAGCAUUGGUGACCUUCAUAUGAGGGAGGAAGAACAGGCCCUCCUCACGGCCAUAACCAUCUUAACACCAGAUCGACCUUACGUGAAGGACCAGAGAGCUGUGGAGAGCCUUCAGGAGCCUGUGUUGGAUGUGCUGAGGAAGUUUUGUGCCCUGCGGCAUCCGCUGGAGCCACAGAAAUUUGCCCGUCUCCUGGGCCGGCUGACGGAGCUGAGAACACUCAACCACCACCAUGCAGAGAUGCUCACCUCCUGGAGAACGAGUGAGCACAAAUUCACUCCGCUGCUCUGUGAAAUCUGGGAUGUGCAGUGAUGCACCAGGGGGGAGGCAAGUGGUAUAGGGUAGGACGGGGGAAAACACCCCCCCCCCGCGGGGCCUCCCCCUACCACGGUGCUAGGGUUUGAAUUAAUUAACUCAAUUGAAGGAAUAUCAUUUAAAGUAUAAUUGAACUAGUUGUGAUAUCGAGCAUUUUCACCUCUGCUAUACUCUGUGGAGUACAGUUGAAAUAAUAAAAGGAGCAGUUUAACUUGAGUGACAUGGUCUGCAAACGUUGCAUGUUUCUGAAUGAAAGAAGGCUUGAGAGUGAUAAUCAGCCCGUAAGUGAUAACUCUUUGGAACCUCGGCACUAUUUUCCCCAAGGUCGCUCAACAUAAAAAGUGAGUUGUGAACAAUAUGGAGUUAUUGACAUAUUUCUUUGUUGGACAAUUAAAUAUAUUUAACUAAUUCUGUUUCUGUUUAUUGUACGGAUCACCCCCCCCCCGGCUCACAUCAUCAUCAUCAUCAUCAUCAUCGCGGCUGUUUCUUAUUUGGCUAUCCAAACCGUAUAGAGCUUAUUGUGAAAGCUUUUGGAACAGCCAUGGCACCACAAAGACAGCAAGGCCAAUAGGAGCGUCCGGGUGCCAUAGUGGUCUAUUCUGUUGCCUAACAACACACGGAUCGCCUGUUCGAAUCCCCGAGUUACCUCCGGCUUGGUUGAGCGUCCCUACAGACACAAUUGGCUGUGUCUGCGGGAGGAACGCUGGAUGUGGGUAUGUGUCCUGUUCACUGCACUAGCGCCUCCUCUGGUCAGUCAGGGCACCUGUUCAGGGGGGAGGGGGAACUGGGGGGAAUAGCGGGAUCCUCUCAUGUGCUACGUCCCCCUGGUGAGACUCCUGACUGUCAGGUGAAAAGAAGCGGCUGGUGACUCCACAUGUAUGGGUGGAGGCAUGUGGUAGUCUGCAGCCCUCCCCGGGUCAGCAGAGGGGGUGGGGUGGUGCAGCAGAGACCAGGACGGCUCAGAAGAGUGGGGGUAAUUGGCCAAGUACAACUGGGGAGAAAAGGGGGGGGGCUAAUAAACUUAGAGAGAUCAUUUCCUUGCUUCCCUCGAAUAAAAGUAUCGCAUGCCCCAGCUUGAUAAUUGAGAAAAACAAACACAACUACUGGAAGCAAAAUGAAAUAUCGUUCUCUUCUAGAACUGUACUGUCUAAAUUAUGUGCACCAUGGUCUUGUUCUAGUAAUGUCUAAAGCUCGGGGGCCAUGGAACUUGUAUUUACUGUUGUACUUACUGUAAAUGUGCAAAAGAGAUAUUUUCUGUUUCUUGUUAUCAUUAAAUAACAAA